AGUUAAUCAUGUUUGCAAUAUUUUUAAAAGAAAAUGGUAUUAUUAUUGGUAUAGUAAUUAUGUUUAUUUUGUGGUUAGUUCUUUUUAAAAGGAUUGCCGGUUUCUUUGAGAAAUUUAUUUCAAUGUAUUCAUCAUACAAAUUCAAGUUACCAGAAGUAAAUGUUUUAUUUCAUUCAUUGACUAGUGGAGUCUUUUGUUUCAUUAGUGUUCCAAUAUGUUUUUCAACAUUUAAACCAUCUACGUCAUCAGAUUCAUCCUUAAUAUACUGGUUACUGGAUUCACUGCGCCAAAUGAUGGAUCGUUGUGCAAUUACAGAAUCAGUGGAUCCAUCAAGAAAUUUUAAGUUUAUCAUACUUUAUUCAUGUUUAUUACACAGCGUUUAUACAUCAUUUGCAAACAAUUUAGAAGAGCGACCAUUGUUAAGUACAUUAAAGAAAGGUGCUGUACUUAGUUUCUUUGCCUCAACAUACUGUUUUGGUUGUACAGAAGCAGGUUUUGUAUUCCUUGGGCUGUCUAAUUUAUCGCUUGGAACAUUAGAAGCUGCUAGACUGUUGAAAGUUUGUCAUAACAAAACAAAUAGUAUGCUUAUCAAAAUAUUAAGCUUUGGACAGUUUGUUGUACAUUGUGUUAUUUGGAUAUCAAUUUACUUGUUCUUGGUGCCAUUUAUUGUGCUAUCUUCAGUUGAAGUACUAACAAUGAAUAAUGAUAAUCAGCUACCACUUUCAAUUAUGUUGUUCAGUCUUCUAAUAUUUUACUUCAUUGAACUAAGAGAUAGUCCAUUAAACAUGUCAACAACUAGUGGAAAUGGUAUAUUUAGAUUAUUUGAAUCCCCUAAAAGCUCACUUACGCCUGCAAAUAACAGUAGCAAAAGAAAUCAAAAUAAACAGAAAUCAAAAGAAAAUUUGUUAGUGUUGUACCAAACUACUAAAUGUGCUAUGGCAGUAAAGAAAAAAGUACAAAAAAUUCGACAAGAUAAACUAGCUACUAGAUUACUAACUGCAUCUGAAAUUAAACCUGAGCCCAUUGAGGUGAUUGAAAUAUUUGAUGAUUGAAAUGUAUCAAAAAACCUAAGCUUAUUUGUUAUAUUAAUGUGUUUAAAAAUAUGUAAUUAAUAACAUUAAGUUUUUUAGCGAUGUAAUUUUAAA